CCUCGCCCAGAACUCUUCUUACCACUCCUCUACCUACUCUAAUCCAAGGCACAGUUCACGAUACAGAAGAACUGCGGAGGACAUCACUCAAUUGCCAUGGCGCGAACCAUCUUCACCACCAUCACGCCGCUCCCGGCGAACAUCUCGCGCGAAACCGUCCUGGCGACGCUGCACGACCACCUCGAGAUGAUCGACCUCUCGCCAUCGCACGAGUCGCGACAUAUGAUCAAGCCGCCGCCCGAAGCCACGCCCGAGGAAUACCACUGCCAAUGGUACUCGAUCACCGACAAAGUCGCAUACCUCCCCGCGGGCAUGUACAGCGGCAGGGUCUCGUUCAAGGCCUGCUUCCACGACCUCGCGAUGGGACUACAAACACACGUCUACGCGCCCAUGGGGCUGGAUAUCAAGGAGAAGUGGACGCUGGAGGGGAAUCUGCCCCACGAGCCGGUGCAGCCCGCGGAGCUGGGCAUUGGCGCCCCGAUCUCUGGCCUGUAUCUGCGCGAGGACGUCGAGAUGAAGUGCAACUUUCUCAUGACGCGCUUCGUCAAGAAGACGCUGAAGGAGAGCCUGGCCACCCUUGUCGCCCGCUUGGUCGUCAAGACCCAGCUGGAGGAAGCGGCCGAGCGCAACAGACGCCUCACGCACAACGCGAUGAACGCGAUGCAAUCAUUCUCCCCGCCUAUCUCCCCGCCAUUGUCGCC